UCAUUGAAGAUCAGAUCCCUCUUUUGUUUCCUUCUCCAUUAAGGAUCUUUAGACUCCAUCACCGGUCACCGCUGUUUUCCACCUCUUAUCUUCUGCGGAUAUGCCGACAUGCUGCGAGAUCUGCUGCGAGAUACUGAUCGCGAUCUUGCUCCCUCCUUUGGGCGUUUGCUUCCGCCACGGUUGCUGCAGCGUUGAGUUUUGCAUCUGCUUGCUCCUGACAAUUCUAGGUUACGUACCAGGAAUAAUCUAUGCUCUCUAUGCUAUCGUGUUCGUGGAUCGCGACCAGUAUUUCGACGAGUACAGGCGUCCCCUUUACUCUGCCUAGUCCACGCUCUCUCGCUCGCUGCCUCUUACUAGUAUGCAUUCUUCUAUCAUACUCAUUCCUUGAAUGUAUUGCGUGGUCAACCGUACUGUUCGAACGCUAUUACAUUUGACGAAAUGAAUACUGGUUGUUCAAUAGAAGAAGUAAUCGCAGGGAAGGAUUUGAAUC